UAAUUAAAGGCGUUUUUUUAAACGAUAUUCCGCAUAAGCGGUUGUUGGUUGGCGAAAAAAUUAUUUUUAAUAAAAAAGAUUUCUAAAUGUAGCUUUAGUUUGGAGCUUGUUUUAAAUUUUGCAAAUUUAAUAAAAUCAUUAAAUCUCUCCAUCUCUUUUCAAGAUGAGUUAGACAGCUGCCAUAGUGAGUUUCUUUAUGGAAGGGGCACCACCUGGAUCCUGAUGUCCGUAACUUCCAUAGCGUAGUCACGUGUUUAUCUUAUACAGUUAAACAAAUACAAUUAAACGGAUAUCAAAUUGUUUAUACCAAAAAAACAGAGGAUUCUGCGAGGAGCCGAUAACAAACGUCCUCCCAAUGCAAUGCUCACCACAAAAUAAAAUCCUUAAAUAAACUCGACAUUUGACUGUAACCGCAAAAUUUUAAAGAAGAAAAUGUUAGGUUAUAGUUUUCCCGCUUUCAAAUUGGUUAAAAGCAAUUUUUUUUAUCAGAUGUAGUUUCUGUAGUGCUGAAGAUGGAAAAACAACUGCAUACGCCAGCAAAAGUAUUAGGUGAUGUGAGGUCACCGGCUAGGACAGGCCUGUUAACAAAAAAAUUUAAUGUGAGCAAUAUUUCAAUAAAAUUUUCUUCACACGAAUUGGAACUGCUACAAACCAGCCAAUUUAGACCCAAUGACACUACCUUUGAUACAUUUUAUAAUAAAACGGUUACUGGUGAGGUUAUUCAAGCAAAUGCCCCAUGGAAAACUACUGUGGAUAGUCUGUAUACGGAAUUUUUUGAAAUUUUACAAGGAACUUUGGGAAGUAACGAUGUUUUGGAAGUUGUUUCUGAAUUAGGGAAGUGCUGCUCGGAUUCUCUUAAUGUGUUACGUAGCAUGAAAGAAAAAGUUGCCAUAAUGAAUGUAGAUGAAGAAGAAUGGCUAGAAAAAGAAAGGGAUACAUGGAGGCUAAUGUUUAUUUUGUAUCAGGAUCGUUUAGUAUCCCAAUCAGUUGAAGGCAAUGGUGAAAUAAUUCCAUAUUUCGGUAGGUCAGAGAAAAAUUGCGUCGAAAGCCUGUUUAAAAGAGAAAGUUUAGUGAGAGAGUGUCAGCUAGUUAUAGACUGGUUAGAAUGUCAGGCAGCCGAGAAGGAUGACCAAGUGUUGCAUUUUUCUGAUUCGUCGGUGGGUUGGGAGAAUACCUUACAUCAGUUACAGUCUGCUGACACAAUAGCAUUUCAAAGUUCGCGCCAAGUUGUAGACAAGUUGGAUCCUGAUUCGGUACAUUACCAAUGGAAACCUUUGCAUGACUUGGACACAGAAGAUGAAAAGAAACUGAAUAGGAAAAUAUUUCAGGAAAUAAGAUGUGGAAAACUUGAAGAAGCUCAAAAAUUGGCUCGGCAAUGUGGCCACGCUUGGAAAGCGGCAAUUUUUGAAGGGUGGAGAUUGUUUCACGACCCCAACAUAAAGGAAAACUACGGAAUUGACCAAAGCUCCGAUGUUGGUGACGGUUGUGAAGAGAUGGAUUCCAACGAACUAAAGGAGAUAGAAGGAAAUCUCAGCAGGGAUAUUUGGAAGAUCAUGGCACUCAGAUAUUGCAAACAAGAUUAUAUAAGUGCAUUGGAAAAGGCAUCAGUAGGCUCAUUUUGCGGCUGUAUAAACGCGAUGCUAGCAGCUUGCUCUAGUUGGGAAGACGGACUCUGGGCUUACAUGAAAUCGAUGGUUGAUAUUCGCGUUGAAUCUGAAGUAAGGGACUGUUGCACCAGGGAUAAUCCCUAUUUACCAUUGCCGGAGGAAUAUUGGGCGCAACGAAUGUCACUUAAUGAUGUGUUUGCGAACCUCGAAUCCUCAAACAGCUCAGUCAUAAGAGAAGCAUCUUGCCAUCCUCAGCAUGUCAUUCAAAAGUAUAUCAUACUGGACGAGAUAUAUAGUUUGUUGUGUGAGCUUGAAGAAUGGUGCGAGAGUGCGUCAACCCAAUUUUUGAGGUUCGCUGCUCAUCUUGCGUUAUUCCUGGAUCACAUCAAGGAAAACCACAGCAGAGAUAAGGUGGAGAACGUAAUUAAGGGUUAUAUACGGCGUUUAAUGAACAUGAAUGAAACCCGUAUGGUGGCCUUUUACGUCAGCAAGUUGAGUCCCGGCAACCAAGUCCAAAUCUACGCGGAACAUUGCCAAAAUAUCCUCGACGACAAUGAACGAAAAGAAGCGUUAGAUUACGCGUCGAGUUGCGGCUUGGAUGUCUUCGCCAUAACGAAACAGAUCGUCGAAAAUAUCCGAAAUCUGCCCCAGGAAAUCGAUGCCCGCGGAAAUCUACAGCAAAGACUAACAGAGACGGAUAAACUGAAGAUAUGCGCUUUGGAUUGGCUGAUGUUUGAUGAGGAUCAAAGGCUAGAACUGAUCGUCCAAUCGAACGCCAUAAUUUUUAGUUUUUUAACAUUGGGCAAAGUCGACGCGGCCCAAAUGGCUUUUAAUAAGCUGCCAUCCGACUCGAUAGAGGAUUUCUUGGAGGAAAUCAAAGUUUCAGAUAAGAAUAAAGAUUUUAAAAAUAUAAUAAAAGAACACCAAAGCUACAAGGCUUACUUGGAAGCCCACGAAGCCUUUAACGAGUGGUUUAAAAAUCUUAAAAACAAACCCAUCGAACCGGCGACAUUGUCGGUGCAUGCGCAGUUCGCGCAAAAGGUGGCGCACCAACACAAGAUCUCUCAGUACAUGGCGGAACUGGAACGAUGGAGACUGUCGACGGCCCAAUUGGCAAAAAUUGCGAAAGCGCUCUUGUACAACAUCCUCCUGUUUCCCGGAGGGUGGUUAGAGGGCGCCAAAGAUGGCGAAUAUCUCAGAUCGAUAGUGAUUCCCGAGGUUAUGAUGCUACUGUAUUCGGUUCUGGUAGAAUCGGACAUGCGGGAGGAGUGUUCGCAGUUGGUCGACGUUUUGGCCUCCAAAGAAUAUCAGCUUUACAAGGCGUUCUCGAAAGAACUACUGGGCGAUUUUUUGAUGAAAAUAGGCGCCACAGUUAACCAAAUCGAAUCAGGAUUCAUAUCUUAAGCGCAUUUUGUUAGUUAGAUUUUUUUUACU